AUGGCAAAUAAUGGCGAUAUCAAUGGAUGUAGUAUACCCUUCGUUUUACCUUUGCCUUUUAAACAGAGAUUUACACCAUCCUCUUACACGAUGUCUGUUAUUCAUGUGAAACGUAAUUCUAUUUCAAGAUCUAGAUGUGAUGCCAAAUUUCUUACAGACAUGGAAAACGCAUGUCGAGAAAAAAUAAACAGAAAGGGGGCUGCUCUUGGUAUAUCAAAAACUACAUGUGAUGAUAAAUUUUAUAAUGAAAUGAAUCAAGAGUGUAAAAAUGUUAGCAGAAAGGACGUUGGUAGAAAAAAUCUGGGAAGUUUGUUCUGCCAAAUGUUUUCUGGGAGUUAUUAUGGAAUGUCCAUCCGUGGACUAUGUUACUACCGUCUACGUAUUGUUCUUCUUCAGUUUUUCGACUCCUCAACUAGGAUGCGGUUAUCACUGGUAUUUGGUGUGUGUAUUGUGGCAGGCCUGGUUGGGUUAGUAACAGCACAAUGCAACCGUAACGGCGAUAUCAAUGGAUGUAGUAUACCCUUCGGUUUACCUUUGCCUUUUAAACAGAAAUUUACACCAUCCUGUUACAAACACGAUGUUUGUUAUUUUUGUGGGGCGGCAAGGGAUAUUUCAAGACUUAGAUGUGAUGCCAAAUUUCUUACAGAUAUGGAAAACGCAUGUCGAGAAAUAAGAAACAGUAAGGAUAGAGAGAAGUGUUCAAAAUGGGCUAAUAGAUAUAAAGGAGCUUGCCAGGCCAAAAAUAUAGCAAUGCGUGGUCCAUAUGAACUUAAAGGCGAUAUUAAUUUAUGGCUUCUAGUUGCACCAUUCCAAUUAUUGCGUAAGAUGUCUGUGGUUCUUGUAAUUAUUGAAUUCUUAACCUUGUAUGGUGUUACAAUUACAAACGCUGCUCAAAAGGCCUUUGAGAUAGCUAUGUAA